GCGGCGGCGGCGGCGCGGCGGCCAUGGACCCCGCGGCGUCCGGCCCGGCCAAGGCCAAGAAGACGAACGCGGGCAUCCGGCGGCCCGAGAAGCCGCCGUACUCGUACAUCGCGCUCAUCGUCAUGGCCAUCCAGAGCUCGCCCAGCAAGCGCCUGACGCUCAGCGAGAUCUACCAGUUCCUGCAGAGCCGCUUCCCCUUCUUCCGCGGCGCCUACCAGGGCUGGAAGAACUCGGUGCGCCACAACCUCUCGCUCAACGAGUGCUUCAUCAAGCUGCCCAAGGGGCUCGGGCGCCCGGGCAAGGGCCACUACUGGACCAUCGACCCGGCCAGCGAGUUCAUGUUCGAGGAAGGCUCGUUCCGCCGGCGCCCGCGCGGCUUCCGGAGAAAGUGCCAGGCGCUCAAGCCCAUGUACAGCAUGGUGAACGGGCUGGCCUUCAACCACCUCCCGGACACCUACGGCUUCCAGGGCGCGCCCGGCGGCCUCUCCUGCCCGCCCAACAGCCUGGCGCUGGACGGCGGCCUGGGCAUGAUGAACGGCCACUUGCCCGGCAACGUGGACGGCAUGGCCCUGCCCGGCCACUCCGUGCCCCACCUGCCCUCCAACGGUGGCCACUCCUACAUGGGCGGCUGCGGGGCCUCGGCCGCGGCCGGCGACUACCCGCACCACGACGCGUCGAUGCCCGCCUCGCCCCUGCUGCCCGCACCCGCCGGCGGGGUCAUGGAGCCCCACGCUGUCUACUCGGGCCCCGCCGCGGCCUGGCCGCCCGCCGCCUCCGCCGCCCUCAACAGCGGCUCCUCCUACAUCAAGCAGCAGCCCCUGUCCCCCUGCAACCCCCCGGCCAACCCCCUGCCUGGCGGCCUCUCCACGCACCCCCUGGACCAGUCCUGCCUGCACCAGAGCAGCCACAACGCCCCAGCCGACCUCCAAGGCAUCCCCCGCUACCAUUCGCAGUCGCCCAGCAUGUGUGACCGCAAGGAGUUCGUGUUCUCCUUCAACGCCAUGGCGUCGUCCUCCGUGCACGCCGCCGCCGGCGGGGGCUCCUUCUACCACCAGCAGGUCACCUACCAGGACAUCAAGCCCUGCGUGAUGUAG